CCGGCGGCCGCUGAGCCGACGGAGGAGGGGCGUCUCCUGCGCUGGUUCCAGCCUCUUCGGGCGCCGAGUUCCAGGACCCGCCCCCCGCGCCAGUUGCCAGGGAGCGGUUGCCAUAGAGCUGAGCAGUUGUCCGCGUGCGCAGGCGGAAGUCCCGGAUUGAGGCGCCGCCAUUUUUGCUGCCCGGACGCGGAGCGAGAGGCUGACAGAGUCGGAGACACUAUCCGCUUCCAUCCGUCGCGCAGACCCUGCCGGAGCCGCUGCCGCUAUGGAUGAUCGAGAGGAUCUGGUGUACCAGGCGAAGCUGGCCGAGCAGGCUGAGCGAUACGACGAAAUGGUGGAGUCAAUGAAGAAAGUAGCAGGGAUGGAUGUGGAGCUGACAGUUGAAGAAAGAAACCUCCUAUCUGUUGCAUAUAAGAAUGUGAUUGGAGCUAGAAGAGCCUCCUGGAGAAUAAUCAGCAGCAUUGAACAGAAAGAAGAAAACAAGGGAGGAGAAGACAAGCUAAAAAUGAUUCGGGAAUAUCGGCAAAUGGUUGAGACUGAGCUGAAGUUAAUCUGUUGUGACAUUCUGGAUGUACUGGACAAACACCUCAUUCCAGCAGCUAACACUGGCGAGUCCAAGGUUUUCUAUUAUAAAAUGAAAGGGGACUACCACAGGUAUCUGGCAGAAUUUGCCACAGGAAAUGACAGGAAGGAGGCUGCGGAGAACAGCCUAGUGGCUUAUAAAGCUGCUAGUGAUAUUGCAAUGACAGAACUUCCACCAACGCAUCCUAUUCGCUUAGGUCUUGCUCUCAAUUUUUCCGUAUUCUACUACGAAAUUCUUAAUUCCCCUGACCGUGCCUGCAGGUUGGCAAAAGCAGCUUUCGAUGAUGCAAUUGCAGAACUGGAUACGCUGAGUGAAGAAAGCUAUAAGGACUCUACUCUUAUCAUGCAGUUGUUACGUGAUAAUCUGACACUAUGGACUUCAGACAUGCAGGGUGACGAUUCCUAAAGGAAAACCCAACUCUUCCUUUCCUAAAAACUCUACUUUGUGAAGAGCAGAAUAAAGAAGCGCUGCAGGACGUGGAAGACGAAAAUCAGUGAGACAUAAAAGCCAACAAGAGAAACCAUCUCUCACCACCCCCUCCUCCCCAUCCCACCCCUCGGAAAGUCCCCAUUGUCACUGAGAACCACCAAAUCUGACUUUUACAUUUGGUCUCAGAAUUUAGGUUCCUGCCCUGUUGGGGUUUUGUUUUUUUGGUUUUUUUUUUUUUUUUUUUUUUUUUUUUGGUUUUUUUUUAAACCGUUUUCAAAAGUUCUUAAAGGCAAGAGUGAAUUUCUGUGGAUUUUACUGGUCCCAGCUUUUAGGUUCUUUUAAGACACUAACAGGACUGCAUAGAGGCUUUUUCAGCAUUACUGUGUUGUCUCCGUGCCAGAUGUGGCAAGAUCACCAUUAGAAAUGGAAAUUACAUUUGAAAGCCAUUAGACUUCUAGGUGAUGCGCAAGCAUCUAAGAGAGGUUAAUCACACUAUAGAGGCAUAAGUGGUAUCAGUUUUCUAAUUGUUUAAACUGCAUUUUAUACCAGUGUUUGAAAGUAAUUGGGUGUUAGCUUGAGAUGGUUAAAGGUUGUUUUUGGGGAGGGAGUUUGUUGUCAUGGUUUUGCUGUAAAAAAGUGUUUCAAACUCUGCUGAAAUGUUGCUGAAAAGCAUGGUGCUGGUAACAGUUCAACAAUCCGUGGCUGCUCAUUCUUGCCUACUUUACUCUCCCACUGAAGCAGGUUAACGUUGAAGGUGGUGUGGAAAAGCCUGCAUGCCUGUUCAAUUCUUUGUUUCUUCUCCUUCCCCCUCCCCCUACCUCCUUCCCCUCACUCCUCCCCUCCUUCGCUCGCUCAACCUCUUUUGUUCAGUAUGUGUAACUUGAAGCUAAUUUGUACUACUGGAUAUCUGACUGGAGCCACAGAUACAGAAUCUGUAUUGUUCUUACUGAAACACAGCAUGGAAUUAACAUUAAACUUAAAUAAAACAAACCUAAAUUAAAAAUGCCAAA